AUGCAUAUACAGCUGGCUACUCUACUCACGGCGUUUGGCGCUCUGUCGGCUGCGCUAGAACUAGAAACGGGGAACAAGGACUCUGUUUGUAAUGCGGCAACAUUGAUCAUCAAAGGUAUGAUGGACUACUACGAAGGUAUACGUUAUGGUGGAACAGUUGGUAUGUUCCAGUCGCCGUACUAUUGGUGGGAAGCGGGCGAAGCUUUUGGUGGGAUGAUUGACACGUGGGCUUGGUGUAAGAACGACACCUACGAGACCAUCAUCUAUGAUGCGUUAAUGGCACAACGUGGAUCACAGAACAACUAUAUUCCGGCAAAUCAAUCCACAACCGAAGGUAAUGAUGAUCAGGCGUUUUGGGGGUUGGCCGUAUUAGAAGCCGCUGAGAAGAACUUUACCAAUCCACCUUCUGAUCAGCCAGGUUGGUUAGCCUUGAGUCAGGCUGUUUACAAUACGAUGCGUUCGAGAUGGGACUCGGCAAACUGUGGUGGUGGGUUGAGAUGGCAGAUUUUCCAGUGGAAUUCUGGAUAUGACUACAAGAACACCAUUUCCAAUUCAGCCUUGUUUGUGAUUGCUGCAAGGUUGGCUAGGUAUACAGGUAACACAACGUAUGUAGAUACAGCAGAAAUGGUCUGGGAUUGGCUUGAGGAGGUUAAGUUUGUUCAGAAUUCAAGUAGCGGUAUAGUUGUCUACGAUGGUGCAAAUAUUGGGACUAACAAUUGCUCAACCAUUCACAAACAAACAUGGUCAUAUAAUUAUGGUCUAUUAUUGUCGGGUACUGCAUACUUAUACAAUCAGACGGAAGAUGAAAAAUGGUUGAGUAGAUUGAAUGAAGUCUAUCUUGGUAUUGAGUCGACCUUUGUCAACGCAUCCACGGGUAUCAUAGCCGAAACAAUGUGUCAAAACCAAGGUACUUGUAAUAAUGAUCAACGGUCGUUCAAGUCUAUCUUUUCUAGAUGUUUAGGUCAGGCGGCAAUUCUAGUACCCCAAUAUAGAGACAAAAUGAUGGACAUCAUUAAUAAAAGUGCUGCAGGUGCUGCACAAUCGUGUUCGGGUGGUUCUGACGGUCACACUUGUGGUAUCAAUUGGUCAUAUGGAGGAUGGGAUGGUUGGUACGGAUUGGGUGAGCAAAUGUCAGCCUUGGAGAUUAUCCAAAAUACAUUGGUUCUGCAGAAUCCUGCACCAUUGACAAACAAGACUGGUGGUACAUCCCAAGGAGAUGUCAAUGCGGGCUUGACGUCACGUGAAACCACCAAUGUCAAUGAAAUUACAGUGACAGGUAAGGACAAAGCCGGUGCCGGUAUUGCCUCAGCUGUUGUCCUUGCUCUAUUUGUUGGUAUUUCUGUUUGGACAUUAAUAUAG